UCAGGAGACCUCAAGACCCCGAAGCCCAACAAAGUCAAUAUGGAGCUCAUACAUUGUUAUCUAACCUUAAAGCGCCGAUAACUGACAGAAUGACUAAACUUCUAAGUAGUCUGCCAAAAAAGAAAGAUGAUGAGAAGGGCUUCGCCAGUGACGAUGAUUUAGGCAAUGAAUAUUAUGAGGAUUUAACUCCAAAGAAAAUACACCAGAGUAGAGCCUUUAUGGAACCCAAUUGUCCUUGUUGUAAAAAUAUGUCUAAACGCUACAGUAUCGCUUUAAUGAGUUCUCUAGGUUUUGUCAUAAGUUUUGGUAUUCGAUGCAACUUAGGUGUUGCUGUAGUUAAAAUGGUUGAGCCUUCAGAAGAGGGAAGUCCCCCGGAAUUUAAUUGGACUGCCGGGACUAUUGGUUUACUUGAUUCUUCAUUUUUUUGGGGUUAUUUAAUCACUCAAAUUCCAGGAGGAUUUAUGGCGACAAAGUACCCCGCUAAUAAAUUAUUUGGCGCCGCCAUUUGCGCUACGUCAUUUUUAAAUUUAUUAAUUCCAAAAACUGCAGAAAUUCAUGAAAGUGUAGUCAUGAUAGUAAGAAUACUCCAAGGAUUGGUGGAGGGUGUCACAUAUCCUGCGUGUCACGGGAUAUGGCGGUAUUGGGCACCACCAAUGGAGAGAAGUCGUCUAGCCACAAUUGCUUUUUGUGGCUCUUACGCAGGCGCAGUAGUAGGACUACCUUUAUCAGGGAUGCUUACGAGGUACAUUGGUUGGCAGGCCUGUUUUUACGCAUACGGUUUGUUUGGAAUUAUAUGGUACCUGUUUUGGAUAUGGCUUAUAUUUGAAAAACCAUGUAUACAUCCAACUAUAACUCAAGCUGAACUCAUCUACAUAGAAAACGCCAUUGGCCCGGUUGCUAAGACAAUGCCUACAUUGAAAACUACUCCCUGGAAAGCGAUGCUAACAUCCAUGCCGGUGUAUGCAAUAAUUAUAGCUAACUUUUGCCGGAGUUGGACAUUUUACCUUUUAAUUAUAGCUCAACCAAUGUUUUUCAAAGAGGUUCUUGAUCUUCAAGUAAAUGAGUCAGGUUUCUUGGGUGCCUUGCCACAUUUGCUGAUGACCAUCGUUGUUCCAAUAGGAGGUUACACAGCUGACUAUUUAAGAAGACGAGAAAUCAUGACCACAACAACAGUCAGAAAACUCUUCAACUGUGGAGGUUUUGGAAUGGAAGCAAUAUUUCUCAUGGUAGUUGCUUUUUCACGCAAUCAUGCAGCAAUAGUAAUUAGUUUAACAAUGGCUGUAGGUUUUAGUGGUUUUGCGAUAUCAGGAUUUAAUGUAAACCAUCUUGACAUUGCUCCUCGAUAUGCCAGCAUUUUAAUGGGAAUGUCAAAUGGAUUUGGAACAUUAGCUGGCAUGUUCUGUCCAAUUGUUGAAGAAAGUCUAACAAGUCUAGGAACAGCAGAUGAAUGGCAAAGGGUUUUCAUCAUCGCCAGUUUAAUUCACUUUGGUGGCGUGAUAUUCUAUGGUCUCUUUGCCUCAGGGGAGAAACAAUAUUGGGCUGAACCCCCAGACGAAAGCAACCCAGAUCAAGGUACCUCUUGGAACCCACUGGCAGAUGCAUUCACGACAGUCACAUCACCUUCUGACAAGCAACCUAAUGGCACUGUUACGACGUCUUUUAGUGACAUCAAACCUCCAUCCUACGGAGCAACCAACGUUGUUGGAACUCGAGAAGAAUUUGCACAACCUGCAUCGAGAGACUCAUAUAUGCAUGGACCGCGAGAUCUAUAUUAGACUAAUUUAAAUUUUUCAAAAUUACAAGUUUAUGGGCGAUAUCAGACUGUUUUUCUCUUCCUUCGAUGUAAUAAGGAGAGUUUUGUUUUCGUGUCUUUGAGUUUACAGCCAAAAACUGUUUUGAAUGUUUACUACCGGAGAUGGAUAUGUUUCUUUUGGCUACUUUCUUAUUAAACUGAAAAAGCGGGGGCGCUCUUGAUGAUUUGAGUGAGGAAAAUGCUGUUUUUUACUACUCUUUUGUGGCUGUUAAUUGAAAUGAUUACUGGUCAAGCAAAGGUUCUUUUUCAGGCAAAUAGCAGACUUAUGCUCAUGACGUUUUACAUUAAUUCAUAUGUUUUAUGAUUUUAAACUAAUUUAUUUUUAAACUAAAAUCAUUAUUUUCACGUCGUUUUUAAGUGUGAUCAAACUGUCUCUGUGAUAAGUUAAGAUCUUAUAAUGAAGCUGCUGAGCAACCUAAUAUUAAGUGAGAGUUCUAUGCCUAUCUAUGAAACAGAAUCUUAAACAUUAUGGAGUUCGGUUUUGUUUACUCAGCUUAAAUUGCUAAUAAAGCGAUCUAAAGUGUCAAAGAAUAGAUAGACAUUGGUAAAACGGAAAACAAAUAACUUUAGUGUGGCGCACAACGCAUUGUGAUUGAGGACUUAGAAUGAAAGGGAAGUUUUUAUGUAUAUGUAUUAUUAAAUGAUUUUUCAUUUAAUAAACCAGAAGUUCAAAAAAUAAGUGACAAUUUGAAAAAUUAAUUUUUUAAAAAAGGCAUUUGAUGAUACAAGUACUUGGUUUGCUACUUUCUGUUUAAGAAACCAGUUAUAUUUUUACCCCAAAUUGCAACAUUAUUCACAAAUUUUGUCAGCAGAUGGCGCUACUGGCAAAAAACUAUUUAACAUUUUUUUUUUCAAAAGAACUUUCAACCUUUUACCACCAUUUGAAGCAUUAAUAUGGCGAAGUCAGUGGAAAAAAUUAACGAAGAGGCUUACAAAUAUUUUAAUUGGUAAAAAUUUAACUUCAGAAAACAUUCCCUUUUAGUUAGCUCAGAUUUAUAUGCGUUAUCUGUUGACAUAAUUUAUGAUUAAUAUUAGAACUUUGUUAGUAUAAAUACCACAUUUCCUGACCAGAACACAAAUACUGUACACAUCUAUCUUCUUUGUUUUUCUUUCAUAUAUUUUUCAAAUCGUCGCUUAAUUUUGGAUACCUGUAACACUUUUUAUAACUUGCAUUGCUCAGUGUGAUUUGUGCUGAAUUUUCAUUUUAAGACACUAUUUUCAUUAUUUAGUUAGAAAAAGAAACAAGAAAUCAAAUAUUUAUUAUUUUUAAAUCAUUGCAUUUUAUUUAAUUGCAUGUAUUAAAAUAGCUGUCACUGCACCUUUUAAUAACUCAGUAAAAUUUUAGUUAAAAAAAUUUCUGCAAUCCAUUUUCUUCCAGACAAAAUAAGGGAACCUCUUUUAUUUUAAAAUAUAUCAAAAUUAUUGAAGUUAUCAUACUCAAAUAAAUGAUUUCUAAGUUUAUUAAAAUUAUUUUUAGCUAUAUUGGAUCUAACAAAACUAGAGCAAAUUUUUGAAUAAAACGCUCUUGCUUACUUGUAUACAACGAAUUAAACUUCUUUGAAAUAUUUUAAGAAAAACACUGAAUAUUGUUAUUAUCUUAAAUAUUUAUUGUUGUGACUUUUGCAAUUUAAUCACAGUGUGAAGUAGUCCGCCAACCUUUUGUAACAAAGAUAACCCAGAUUUUGAAUCGUAUAUAAUAAAAAAAACUUAAUGACACUUAAAUAAUCACGUAAGUGACCCUACCAGUGAUUUAAACAAAACACUUAACGCAUGUCUAUCUUAUUCCAACUAGUAUGUAUAUCCUUCAAAAAAUAUAUUUUUAAAUAUAAUAGAAUGAAAAAAAAUCUAAAAUAUGAUUUCAUUAAAGCUCUUUAUGCAAGACUUCAACCAGUAAUAAAACUUUUUAAUGCUAAAAGCAGCAAGUAUUUUUCAAACUAAAGAAAAAUAAAUAUAACCACGUUUAAAUACGUAUGACGAUAUAUGCUUAAGACGUUUUAGCUGUAAUACAAAAUGGUGAAUGCAUACAGAAUGAAACGGAUAGAAGGUAAUGAUAAUGCCAUCUAUCGGUGUUCAUAGAAACUACUUGCUGUACAAAAUUUUCUGGAACUUUCGUGAUGAUUAAUUUCAUUUUCAGAAAGUUGAUUAAUUGUCAAUGACUUGUUCAGUUUAGGUGAUGUGCAUAUGAUCCAAGAAAUUAAAACGCUGUUUAAACUCAAUUUCAAAGAAUAAUUUUGUUUUUAAUAAAAUAACUUAAUAAUUCGUUUUUUAAUUCAAACUUUUUCUUGUUUAAAAAUACAAGUUUAUAUAUAAGUAAUUGUUGUGCCAACAUCACCUACAUUAUUUGAAAUUAUCUUAAAUUUGAGUACAUUGUGCUAUUUACUUUUAAUUGGUUUAAUAUUUAUUAAAUUCUUUUUAAUUGCUUAAAAUACCAAAGAAAAAUCUGUGACACAGAAAUUCGAGCAAUAUUUCAAACUUCCACACAUUUAUUCUUGCAAAAGUGUUGAUAAUAUCCAUAGGCGAUUGCGUCGAAUCGUCGUCGCGUUAACAUACCGAAUAACAUAAGUGUUUUUAUUUUUAGAAAUGAUGCAUGCAAAACAUGUUUAAAAUUGUACUAAGCAACACUUAGAAACGUAUGCAAAUAUUUCUUUUUAACCGUGUGUUACAUCUUUGUCACAUUAUUUGUUAAUUCAGCUUUUUAAUUAUAUUUUUAAAUUGCUCGUGCUCUAAUCUUCUGCUAUAUGAGGUUGCCUAUCCCUGCCUAUUGUUCUAAUGAAGACGCCUAUUGAUUUUCCCAACUCAUAAUUGAAUCAGGUCAAUACAAUAUUGAACUUUGCCCGUUAUCUAAAUGUAAUGUUAUAAGAACUUCAUACACUUUAUGUAGGAUUAUUGAAAUCCAUCUCUGGUUUUAUGAAAAGCUCUUAUUGGUGUGCAUUGAUGUUGUUACAUUUAAAAAUAUAUAUAUAUUUAUUCCGAAAAGCAAAAUUUU